GGCUGGCAGGAACGGUUCACUGCAGGGACACAUGAUUUGUACAUCAGAGCUCAGACUAUUUUCAGGUAUGAGAAAGUGAAACUCUAACCGUCUGUGUGACCGAGAGACGAAAUGGCGCAGCAAAGAAAUCAACCGGAUUCAAAGAAAUUUUCUUGUUCCAUCUGUCUGGAUCUACUGAAGGAUCCGGUCACUACUUCCUGUGGACACAGCUACUGCAUGGACUGUAUUAAAACACACUGGGAUGGAGAGGACGGUAAGAGAAUCUACAGCUGUCCUCAGUGCAGGAAGACUUUCACACCGAGGCCUGUCCUGGAGAAACACGUCCUGUUAGCAGAGUUAGUGGAGGAUCUGAAGAAGACUGGACUCCAAGCUGCUGCUGAUGAUCACUGCUAUGCUGGACCUGAAGAUGUGGCCUGUGAUGUCUGCAUUGGGAGGAAGAUGAAGGCUGUCAAGUCCUGUCUGGUCUGUUUGGCCUCUUAUUGUGAAAAUCACCUCCAACCUCACCAUGAUUCACCUCCAUUGAAGAAACACCAGCUGGUGGAGCCCUCCAAGAACCUCCAGUCGAACAUCUGCUCUCAUCAUGAUGAGGUGAUGAAGAUUUUCUGUCUCACUGAUCAGCAGGUGAUCUGUUAUCUCUGCACAAUGGAUGAACAUAAAGGCCAUGAAACAGCCCCAGCAGCAGCAGAAAGGAAGAAGCAGCAGAAGGAGCUGGAGGUGAGUCGACUGAACAUCCAGCAGAGAAUCCAGGACAGACAGAAAGAUGUGGAGCUGCUUCAACAGGAGCUGGAGGACAUUAAUGUCUCUGCUGAUAAAACAGUGGAGGACAGUAAGAAGAUAUUCAUCCAGAUGAUCCAUCUCAUCCAGAAAAGAGGCCGAGAUGUGGAGCAGCAGAUCAGAUCCCAGCAGGAGACUGAAGUGAAUCGAGUCAAAGAGCUUCAGGAGAAGCUGGAGCAGGAGAUCAGAGAUCUGAAGAGGAAAGACGCUGAGCUGAAGCAGUUCUCAGAUACACCAGAUCACAACCACUUUCUCCUCAACUACCCCUCAGUGUCAGCACUCAGUGAGUCCACACACUCAUCCAGCAUCAACAUCCGUCCUCUGAGACACUUUGAGGACGUGACAGCAGCUGUGAAAGAGCUCAGAGAUCAACUACAGGACAUUCUGAGGGACACAUGGACAAACAUCUCACUGGCAAUCACUGAAGUGGAUGUUUUACGGUCAGAACCACAACCAAAGACGAGAGAUGAGUUCUUAAAAUAUUCAAGAGAAAUCACUCUGGAUCCAAACACAGCAUUCAGAUAUCUAUUACUAUCUGUGGGGAACAGAAAAGUAACAUCCACAGGAGAAGAUCAACUUUAUCCUGAUCAUCCAGACAGAUUCACUGGAUGGUGUCAGGUCCUGAGUAAAGAGAGUCUGACUGGACGUUGUUACUGGGAGGUGGAGUGGAGAGGAGGAGGAGUUUAUGUCGCGGUCACAUACAAGAAUAUCUGCAGAAAAGGAAAGUCAGAUGAAUGUGUUUUUGGAAGAAAUGACAAAUCUUGGGCUUUACGUUGUGACACCAACAGUUAUUCAUUUUACUACAACAACACUACAACUUCUGUCUCUGGUCCUCAGUCCUCCAGAAUCGGAGUUUAUCUGGAUCACAAAGCAGGUAUUCUGUCUUUUUACAGCGUCUCGGAAAUCAUGACUCUCCUCCACAGAGUCCAGACCACAUUCACUGAGCCCAUACAUGCUGGAGUUUGGGUUUUAGAUUUGGGAACCACUGCAGAGUUCCUUGAAGUCAAAUAGAGUCCUUCCAGUGUCUGAGGGUUGGUUCAUGUUCAGCCCUGAUUUAAGUUCAUGAUCUACAGUUUAUUUCUGUAGUUGCAGCAUUAAUUAGUCACAUGAUGAUGGAACUGACUGAUUCUUAAAUGUUUCAGUCUGCUUUCAGCUUCUGAAACAUUUCUUGGUUUUAUUUGUCAUAUUUGACAAGAAACUGAAUGUUUUGUGG